AUGACGCAGGCGAGCAGGGCCCCGCGCCACACUAGGUUGGAUCACACUCGAAACGACACCGUUUUAUCUCUCACAAAUACCGUACAGCUGUUAUCUUCCACCUUGGUUUCAUCGACCGUUUUUCAGGGUGUGCAGUCUGGCUGGAAUUGUUCACUUGUAAAAGGCCAAUUGAAUAAGGUUUCUCUAGGUGGAUCUUUAAAAGCUGCAGCCUCCACUUCACCAGCUGGAGCCAAAGAUGUCGAUGUAUCCGAGGAACCUAAACAGACUGCUUUGGCAUCUGAAGAAACCAUAAGCGAAUUUGUUAGUCAAGUUGCCAGUCUAGUCAAGUUGGUUGAUUCUAAAGAUAUUGUGGAACUACAGCUGAAACAACUUGAUUGUGAAGUCUUAAUACGUAAAAAGGAGGCCUUACCUCCACCUCCUUCUCCUCCAGUGACCUAUUAUCAAUCACAGCCUCAGCCUGCAGCACUGCCUCCAGUUUCAGCACCUUCUCCAGGGCCGGCUGCUGCAGCUUCUACUCCAGCACCUUCACCACCCAAAGCUCAGCCGCCUAAAUCAUCUCAUCCUCCUCUGAAAAGCCCCAUGGCCGGAACCUUCUACCGAAGUCCAGCACCUGGUGAACCUCCAUUUGUCAAGGUUGGGGAUAAAGUAAAGAAGGGACAGGUUGUAUGCAUCAUCGAGGCCAUGAAAUUGAUGAAUGAAAUAGAAGCCGAUCAGGCUGGAACGGUAGUUGAUGUUGUUGCAGAAGAUGGCAAGCCAGUCAGUGUCGACACACCUUUGUUCGUGAUCGAACCUUAGAGCUGAUAAAGCCAAAAGCGCUGCACAGGCCAAGCAAGAGUAUUUCACUUUAAAAAAGUGGAGUGGAGCGGGAUUAAUUUAAUUUUGCUUGAUUUGUUUUUUACAUGAGACUAGCUAGCUAGAACAGCUCGUUUAUUCAUCAGGUUUAGAAGUCUGUGUGCAUCCUUUGUUUUACAUUUACAGACUCUGCUAUUGUGGAGCAUGUGUCUUUGUGCUUUCUGGUACAAACCUUACAAACUCUCUAAUGUAACUUGAGCAUUUUUGCCUUUUUACCA